AUGUCGGACGUACCCCGUGAUGCACCUUCCGGUCCUAGAGCUACAUCGGAGAGCGAGUUUCUGGAUUUAAUUAUGACCCCGUGCGGGAUUUGCGGCCCGUCGACGUGUGACGAGGAAAUGAUUGGUUGUGACGGUUGUGCGAAAUGGUUCCAUUCCCGAUGUGUUGGAGUCACGGAAGAUUCGGUUCCGGAAAAGUGGUACUGCCACAGUAAAGCUUGUCAGCAGGAGUACCAGAAGCAGCAAAAAGAUUCCCAAAGGCAGACUCGUGGAAAAAAGACCGCCGAAGAGUCUGACAAACCGAGUGACACCGUACGCAAGGGGACCUCCGGCAUCGAACAGAGGAUGAAGGAGCUGGAGGAGAAGCGAAAGCGACAGGACAAAGAGCUGGAGGCGGAAAUGCAGCUGCAGCAGAUGGAAAGAAGAAUGCAGCGUGACUUUGAGAGAAAAAAGUUGGAAAUGGAGAUCAGAUUGCGGGACGAAGAAGAAGAAGAAUGGAGAGCUCUACAUGAAGAGAUCAGCGAAAAGUGUAUGCCAAGCCUGGAAGAGAUACUGCAGAAGAAGAGGAUGCAGAUCGAGCGAAUGAAAGCAAGUCAGCGGUCAUUCGAGCAACAGGUGGCCGAUCUAGACAGAGAAUUGAAGGAGCUUUCUGUCAUCAAAAACCCGAAGGUGGCCGCGAAACAGUCACAAAGAGUCUUUCCGAGCGAAAGCAAAACCGAAGCGCUGAAGCAGGAUCAGGCGAACGCUAACAUGCUGGCUAGAAAAAGACAUACAGAAGGGGAUUUCGAUGAUGAUGAGUACGAUGAGGAUUCGGAGUGCAGCCAGCACACCAAUCCGUUCAGUGGCAAGAAUUCACCGCAAAAUUGCACGCAACUGGUGGCAAAGAUACCGGACCGCGAGAAACGGGAGUGGGUACGCUUCCAAAGGAGGAGUGCCGGCGGAGAACCGACACUACGAACGCUUACGGAUUUCCUAAUGGAGAUAGUCGACGAUGCCUGCGAUGCGAACGUCGACGUGCAAGAUACACGCUAUCAGUCCGCAAGUGCUCCACAGCCCAGAAGAGAAACGUUGAAUGAGAGAGGUGUGUUGCUUAGCCACAGUGAAGCUUGCAGUUCGGGUGAUAUUUUAACCGAGCAAAGGGAGCUGAAACCUUGCAAAGUAUGCCAGAGUACAGGACACCGCCUGCGUCACUGUGAUCGUUUUGGGAGAAUGCCGUAUAGUGAACGUUUGAGGAUGGUUACCCGGGAGAAACUAUACAAUGUAUGCCUAAACGAGCAUGGAGGUCAGUGUAAGUUCCGCAUACGCUGCAACAUUGGCGAUUGCAGAGAGCGUCACAACCCGCUAAUGCACCCCGUUGAAAGCACGGUAGGCAUGAGUGCGCAUAUCCGCUGUGACUCAACCGUCAUAUUCCGAAUAGUUCCCGUACAACUAUACUGUGGCGAAAAGAUGGUAACGGUGCUUGCAUUCCUGGAUGAAGGUGCCUCGGUAACGUUGGUGGAGAAGAGAUUAGCCGAUCGCUUAGGUGUGGUUAGCGUUCAAGAAGGCCUGACCUUAAAGUGGACGGCCAAUGUCAGGCGCGAGGAAAAGGAUUCGCGGCGUAUGAAUGUGUGGGCAUCUGUUGUCGGUGAUGGCGCAAAUAAGCUACUGUUGCAUGAUGUCCGGACUGUUGGUAAGCUUAUGCUGCCUCGUCAGAAGUUGGACAAGGAGAAACUUACCGCACAAUACGCCUACAUGCGAGAAUUGCCAAUGGAGUCCGAGGUCAACAAAGCUGUCUUCAUCUCCAAGGACCGGAGGGAAAGCGAUGAAGACAGUGACGUGUCCUCUCUGGCUUCGACCAACUUUACUCUGAAGCCGGACGCAGGAGUUUUUCCUGAUGAUUGCAAUUCGGAUACAAGCACCAGCACGACGGUGGCGCAAAUCAUACCGAAAAGACGCGAACGUGACCCCAAUGCCUUCGACAAAUGGCUGAAAGCUAAAAUAGAGACAGAACGCACAUGGAAAGAAAAAGAACAAAAACGCAAACGACGCGAAGAGGCAAGAAAGAAACUAGAGGAAGAACGUCGAAAGCAGGAAAGUGAGGAAAAGCUGAAGAAAUGGAUGAAACGCAAGGAACAAGAAAGAAAAAAAAAGGAAGAAAUUCAACAGAAACAGAAACAAAAAAAGGAAGCAGAACAGUCGGUCAGCAGAAAUUGGACCAACAGUGACGACAGUGUAACCAAUUUCAACGUUUGGUUAAGUCGCGUGAAGCAACAGGAAAAUCUUAAGAAAAUGCGCCAAUUGGCAAAGCAGCGUAUGGAGGAAGAGUUCAAACAUCAACGGCAAGACCUGUCGAGACUGUUCUACGACGAGUGGCUCAAAUCGGCGAAGGACAAGCCGAAACCGGUUACGCUGAACCGUGGCGUCGAGAGCCUGCGGGGAAGGAUUUCGAAGAUCUUCAUCAAUCCCAAUCCGUGGCAGGCGACGGCCGAGUGA